UGUUUGGUGUUACAUUGAAGCGGGGACUUCCUGUUUCUAGCUAUGCAUGAAGGUUCCCCUGUUAUGUCGGGCUGUUGUGGUUUGACUUGUUACAAAACUACUCCUGUCGGCACUCCACGCCGCUGCGGACUACGGACACUUUCCAUCAACUGCUAUCCCCAAUAAGGUGAAGUAGCUACGGCACCUCAGCCAGCCGGACACGUAGACCGAACAACUUCAGCCCGUUGACUUGUUUGUCUGCCCUCGGUUGUGUUGACAGUGUUAAUGACACUCGUCGGUGACGUCUCCUGUUAGUUUCUGUCACCAUUGCUCUCCGAAACGGGUCGUUUGUAAUCACGUUCCGUGUGUUUUUCGUCGCUGUAGAUGAGGCUGCCGUGGCGGGCAGUGCCCCGUCCCUCGGCUCCGCUGCGGGGGCUCUCCUCGGCCCCCGCGGGGAAGCAGGGCUUCGUGCCCGCCUGCAGCACCACCGACGUCCUCUCGCGAGAGCAGCUCCGGGACUUCGUGUCUCGCGCCCGGCGGCUGUUCGCCAUCAGCGGGGCGGGUCUGUCCACGGAGUCCGGCAUCCCGGACUACCGCUCGGAGGGCGUGGGGCUGUACGCGCGCACCGACCGGAGGCCCAUGCAGCACGCCGAGUUCGUGCACAGCGCCAAGUCGCGGCAGCGCUACUGGGCCAGGAACUUCGUCGGCUGGCCGCAGUUCUCCUCCCACCAGCCGAACGCCGCGCACGGCGCGCUGCGGCGCUGGGAGCGGGAGGGCAGGCUGCACUGGCUGGUCACGCAGAACGUGGACGCCCUGCACUCUAAGGCGGGUCAGGAGAGGCUGACCGAGCUCCAUGGCUGCGCCCACAGGGUGAUGUGCCUUGGCUGUGGUGCCAUCACAGCGAGGGAGGAUCUGCAGAGGAGAUUCUCCUCCUUAAACCCAGAGUGGAGGGCUCAGGCCGGGGCCGUGGCCCCGGACGGCGAUGUCUUCUUGGAGGACGAGCAGGUUCUCACUUUCAGAGUCCCCUCCUGUGAGCGGUGUGGGGGCAUCUUGAAGCCAGAGGUCACUUUUUUUGGCGAUACCGUCAACAGGGCAACCGUCCAGUUUGUGCACGACAGACUGGCAGAGUCGGACGCGGUGCUGGUCGUGGGCUCAUCCUUACAGGUGUAUUCAGGGUACAGGUUUUUACUGGCUGCGAGCGACAGGAAGCUGCCGGUGGCCAUCCUGAACAUCGGGCCCACCAGAGCGGACCACCUGGCCCAGCUGAAAGUGAGCGGUCGCUGCGGUGAAGUGCUGUCCGCCAUCCACCUCCACUGACGCCGGGAGCUGGGAUCGUCCUCUGACCAGAACUACCUCAGACGCUGCGUUCGGGGGGAGGAGCCAGACCGGGCCGCAGCUCAGGAAAACCAACUCCUGCUCUCAAAAGACGGACACGUCAGCACCUGCAAGUUCGCUGGAGAGUCACGAUGGUAGUUGGGUUUCAGGAGUGAAGCCACAGGUGGAGCGAACCUACAUUUG